AUGGACGCGUUUAAAGGACUUCAGAAAAGCCUCACCUCUCUGGGUGGGCAGAUUACGCCCUUUGCGUCGCGCACCUUCCAGUAUACCAAGGAGCAACUGGGCCAAGCUGAGGACAAGACCCAGCUUCCUCCCGACUACAUUGACCUUGAGAAGCGAGUCGAUGCGCUCAAGGCUGUUCAUCAGAAGAUGCUUGCCGUGACCUCGCAGUACUCGCACGAGGCCUACGACUACCCGCCCAACAUCAAGGAGACGUUUCAGGAUCUCGGCCGCACCGUGAGCGAGAAGGUGCAGCUCCUUUCCAACGCCACCUCCCCGGCCGAGGCGCAGGCGGCGCUCACUGCGCCGCCGACCGCGAAGCCGCAACCAAAGACAUUCCACCAUGCCAUCGCGCGCGCCAGCCUGGCCAGCAGCCAGACGCUGCACCAGAGGCACACGGGCGCGGGCGAGGACCCGCUGGCGACGGCGCUGGAGAAGUACGCGCUGGCCAUGGAGCGCGUGGGCGAGGCGCGCCUGGCCCAGGACGCCCAGAUCCAGAGCCGCUUCCUGGCCGGGUGGAACACGACGCUCAACACAAAGAUCCAGUUCGCCACGCGGGCGCGCAAGGCCGUCGAGAAGGCCCGUCUGACGCUCGACGCCGUCAAGGCGCGCGUCAAGGGCACCACGUGGAAGCUGCCCGGAGCUGCGUCGUCGCCGCGCGCCGAGACGCACGAUGACCACGAGUUGAGUCCCGAGGCUCAGGAGGAGAUUGAAAAGGCCGAGGACGAGUUUGUCACGCAGACUGAGGAGGCCGUGGGAGUUAUGAAGAAUGUGCAGUUGAUUGCGGCACAAAUGGAGUUCCACAAGAAGGCCUACGAGAUUCUGAGCGAGCUCGCGCCCGUUAUUGAUGGGCUGCAGGUCGAACAGGAGCUGCCCCUUGGGCUCCUAAACGCGGCGCAGGGCCACCCCAUGCUGGUCGAACUCAAGAACGGCGAAACCCUCAACGGCCACCUGGUGCUCUGCGAUACGUGGAUGAACCUGACUCUGCGCGAAGUGGUGCAGACUAGCCCUGAGGGCGACAAGUUCAUGCGGCUGCCGGAAGUCUACGUCAAGGGGAACAAUAUCAAGUAUCUGCGAGUUCCGGACGAGAUCAUCGACAUUGUUAAGGAGCAGCAGCAGAGCCAGCAAGGCGGUUACCGUGGGGGUCGCGGUGGACAGGGGAGGGGCGAUCACGGCGGGCGCGGCGGGGAUAGGGGUCGCGGAGGGAGAGGACGCGGCGGCGGGAGAGGUGGACGGGGAGGAAGGGGAAGCCUCCACCGGCAUACCCCUCAAUCGAGCGCCAGGAGUUUGGUCUUGAACGCAUCACACCAUAUGCCUGCUGGAAGCUUUCAGCAGAGCAGGCUGCUUGUGGCACGAGCCCUGCAUGUGCGCAGUUCCCUCAUGGACUCCUCUUGCGAAGUCGUCGCAGGGCAGUCGGAACGACGGCCUGCCCCGGCUGGCUCCGAACCGCCGCAUGUAUCAGCUUCGCAGCUGGUGAGACAGUUGCUUCGAUCAGACAUUGUUCACAUUUACCCGCGGAAACUGCGUCCGAUCACGACGCCCGUCAUAUACGAGGCAUUGCGCACCCUGCGCAACCAUAGUGGCCAGGCUGGAAAGAUUCGGCAGCUGGUUACGUAUCUGGUCGCAGAGCGCGGUGAGCGGCCCAAUGUGUUCCUCUAUGAGGCGCUCGUCACAGCGAGCUGGGAUACGACGACCGGUUCCGCGAGUGAUCUGGUGGCUAUCAUGGAGGAGAUGUGGGACACAGGUAUAACGCCGUCUCCAAGUUUCUACCACAGCGCUUUACGGUUGCUUGCUAUCCAUCCAGAUUACCUGACUAGAAACGCUAUCCUCAAGUCCAUGCGGGAUCAGGGUAUUGAGUUGACGGACGAAGGUAAAUGCAGUGUGGCGCUGGGGCUACUCCGCGAUCCUCAGCUCGAGAUGGCGCUGGAAUAUCUGGCUCAGAUGUGCCGGGAAGGGACCGAAAUACCUGACUGGGUAUUCAGUGUCUAUUUCUACGUCCUCGGAAAGCAAGGCUUUCUUGACGAAGCGCUCCAGUUGUUACAGCAGAGGAUCGGCGGCUCAGACGGCAGCGCCGUCUCGGUCCCUCUAAGCACUUGGUAUUUCUUUCUCGAAGAGUGCAGCAACGCCUUACAUCACCCGGGAACGGUCUUCAUAUGGGAAAGGAUGGUCCAAACAGGAAUGAUCAAUCCGUCAGAUGGAAUUGCGCUCAAUGUGCUAUACACAGCGUCCCGCCACGGCAACUCAACCCUAGCUACCGAGGUCAUCCAGCUUCUCUCCGCCCGGAGGGUCAGGCUAGGCUUUCAUCACUACGAGGCUCUGCUCGACUGUUACAUGCACGAGGGAGAUAUAGAGAACGCAUUCGAGGUGCUCCACAUCAUGACCGAGGCCGGAGUCCAACCUGACCAGUCCAGCACGCGUUCAAUCUUUUAUGCACUGAAAGAUUCCCCUGAACUCUCAGCUAAAGCUCUUGAGACGCUCUCGAAACUGAGAAAGCAGCAUGACAUUCCAAUAUCAGCUGUCAACGUGCUGCUGGAGGCCCUGGCGCAGAGAGGAGACAUGCCCAAAGCCCUCGACCUUUACCGGCAACUCAGCCAGCUCUGCUCUUCAGGGCCUAACCAGCAGACGUUCGUUGUCCUCCUCAGGUCGGCCCAGGAUGAGGUAUCCAGGGACUUCCUGAUAUCAGAAAUGGAACGCUUCUCAAUCAGGAUUCCGUCGGGGUUGCUCAAUCGCCAAUCUGCCGCUCUGGCCAGAUGA